UUUACCAAACGAACGACAUCAACGUUGCUUCCUCGUUAAAAUUUGAGCAAGAAACUUUUUCUGGCCAACUAUAACUUUUCGUGAUAAUGGCUCCUUCGCGAAAAAACAAAGUUGUGAAGGAAGAAGUGCAGGUGUCGCUGGGACCGCAGGUUCGAGAUGGCGAAGUCGUCUUCGGUGUUGCCCACAUCUACGCUAGCUUCAAUGAUACAUUCGUGCAUGUCACGGAUCUUUCCGGGAAGGAAACCAUCUCACGGGUGACGGGUGGCAUGAAAGUAAAGGCCGAUCGCGACGAGGCUUCACCGUACGCUGCAAUGUUAGCGGCACAGGAUGUUGCUGAGAAGUGCAAGUCGCUAGGAAUCACUGCGCUUCACAUCAAGCUGCGCGCUACUGGAGGUAACCGCACAAAAACGCCGGGCCCUGGAGCACAAUCCGCACUUCGUGCGUUGGCCCGCUCAUCAAUGAAGAUUGGUCGCAUUGAAGAUGUAACGCCGAUUCCAUCAGAUUCUACCCGCCGCAAAGGAGGUCGUCGUGGGCGUCGCUUGUAAGCGGACAAAAUGGCACGAUCCACCGUUUACUUUAUCAACAAUAUUGUAUCGGAUUUCGUUUCGUUCAAAAUGAAGCAGAAAUAAACCCUAAACAGAAGGUUGGAGUUCAGAAUACC